CCACCGAACAACCACCACUUUCCUUCACAACUCCUCUUUAAUAAUUUUCCUUCUUUUUUUUCCCCUUUAAUUUAAUAAACUUAUUGAAUUAAUUAGUAAUAUUAAUUAAAGCUCAUCUAAAGCAUUAAAAUUUGGGUAUAAAACGUAUAAAUUAUCCUCCCCUUGUUCUUUUCCACUUUUCCAAGCCUUCCCUUUUCCUUCAUUUCCUUCUCUCUUUUGUUUCUCUCUCGUCGGAAAAUUGCCUCCCUCCGCCGGGAAGGUGCUUGUUCUCUUGUUAAGAAAAUCUUCCGGUUCGCCGGAAAGUUCUAAUCUCUCUGGUAUUGAUAAUUUCCUGUAAUGUUUUUAAGCAUUUCUUUUGAGUGAUUCGGAUACGGAUCUCCAAGUUCGACUCUUUCCGGUGGAGUACGCGGCGCGUUUUGAGAAUGUGGCGCGUGUGGUCGGCGUUUGUUGCUUGCAAAUGGUGAAGAUCAUGAUUUAGGGUUUGGUAUUUGCGGAUUUUGCGCGCUUUUUCUUUCGUUUUAUUUCGGUUUGUUUCGUUCGGUGAAUUGUGACAAAACGGUGGCGUGCAAAGAAGCAUUGAGGAAUGAGAUGGUGGAAGGAAGGGUGUGUUUGUCCAAAGAGGUAAGAAAUGAGUUAGAGUUAUUGAAGCGUAAAAGGCUUCACCGAAUAAAAUCAGAAACUGUCUGUGGGCCAUCUGGUGUCACAAAUAUGAUGUCUAGAAGUGGGGGAGAUGCUUUGAGAGCUCCCGCAUCAUGUGGAGUGAGGUUGCAGGGGAAUGCUGAAUCGUUUUCUAGGUCAAAUGUUGCUUCAUGUGAGAAGGAUGUCUUUUCAAAGCGCAAGGUUGAUAAGUUUUACACUAGUGAUCUAGAAUGGACUGAGAAAAUCCCAGAAUGUCCUGUAUACUGCCCUACAAAGGAAGAGUUUGAAGAUCCUUUGGUUUAUUUCCAGAAGAUAGCUCCUGAAGCUUCAAAAUAUGGAAUAUGCAAAAUCAUUUCCCCUUUAAGUGCUACCGUUCCUGCUGGAGCUGUAUUGAUGAAGGAGAAAGCAGGAUUCAAGUUCACAACAAGAGUCCAGCCCCUUCGUCUUGCUGAGUGGGAUACUGAUGACAGGGUCACCUUUUUCAUGAGCGGAAGAAAUUAUACAUUUCGUGAUUUCGAGAAAAUGGCGAACAAGGUGUUUUCUCGUAGAUAUUAUAGUGCUGGUUGUCUUCCUGCAACAUACAUGGAAAAAGAAUUUUGGCAUGAAAUUGCUUGUGGGAAGAUGGAAAGUGUUGAAUAUGCUUGUGAUGUUGAGGGUAGUGCCUUUUCUUCUUCUCCCAGUGACCUGCUUGGAACUAGCAAAUGGAAUUUGAAGAAACUCUCACGGCUGCCAAAGUCCACUUUGCGUCUUCUUGAAACAGCAAUUCCGGGAGUAACCGACCCCAUGCUUUACAUAGGAAUGCUAUUUAGCAUAUUUGCUUGGCAUGUGGAGGAUCAUUAUUUGUAUAGCAUUAAUUAUCAUCAUUGUGGUGCUUCAAAAACUUGGUAUGGUGUACCUGGUCACUCUGCUUUAAGAUUUGAGAAGGUUGUCAAGGAACAUGUGUACACUAAUGAUGUCCUAUCCGUGGAUGGUGAAGAUGGAGCUUUUGAUGUGCUUUUGGGUAAAACAACAUUAUUUCCUCCAAAUAUCUUGUUGGAACAUGAUGUCCCUGUCUACAAGGCUGUUCAGAACCCUGGGGAGUUUGUAAUUACCUUUCCAAGAGCAUAUCAUGCUGGGUUCAGUCAUGGGUUCAACUGCGGUGAGGCUGUGAAUUUUGCUAUCGGUGAUUGGUUUCCUUUGGGUGCUGUGGCAUGCUUGCGUUAUGCACAUCUCAACAGGGUGCCUCUCCUUCCUCACGAGGAACUUUUGUGCAAAGAAGCUAUGCUUCUCAAUUCAAGUUUAGAACUGGAAGAUUUGGAUUAUUCGCCAGCAGAUUUGGCCUCUCAUCAUUCCAUUAAGGCUUCAUUUGUAAAGCUGAUACGUUUCUUGCAUCGGGCCCGUUGGUCCAUUAUGAAAUCAAGGGCAUGCACCAGUGUAUCUCUAAAUUAUCAUAGAACUGUCGUCUGCACUUUAUGCAAACGUGACUGUUACAUUGCUUUUGUUAACUGCAGCUGUUACUCUCAUCAUGUUUGCCUGCGACAUGAUAUUAAGUCACUUGACUUCCCCUGUGGGAGUCAUCAUUGCCUUUUCUUGAGGGAUGAUGUUGGAGAGAUGGAAGCUGCUGCCAAGAAGUUUGAGCAAGACAAUGCCAUAUCAAAAGCAGUUGAGCGACAAGCUGAAAAUGGUGAUGACAUGUAUUCAUAUCCACUAUCAAAUAAGUUCCAGAAUGAUGUAGAGGAUGGAUACUUUCCAUACUGUGAGAUAAAUGUUGAUUUGAAACCUGAGAUUGCUACAAUGACUUCAGCUACGGGUCAAACUGUUGAAUAUGGACAUAAUUCAUUGAGCCAUAACACUGGAAAUUUUCGACCUGAACUGACAGAUGCUUUAUCUUCUUUUGCCGCAUCAACUCUCUGUUCUUUUGUGGAGCAAGUUGGAUCCUCAGCAAAAAAUCAGGUUCAGGGGCUAGCUAACCUCGGAAACACUAAUGAUAAAAGGUUCUGUGAAGAAGUCCCAGAAAACACAUAUGAAUCGUCUGUAUUGUGUUUGUCACGUGAAGAUCGUCCAGGUACCCAUCAGCAUAAUGGUCAUGAACCAGUGAGUAGGUCUAUAGUCGACCAUGACAGUGAUAGUUCUGAUUCAGAGAUAUUUAGGGUUAAACGGCGUUCUUUUUUGAAGGUUGAGAAAAGAAGUGGCAACCACACCAUGGCAUCAAAGAGCUCUGAACACCAGGGGCUCAAGCGAUUAAAGAAACUCCAACAUGAAAAAAGAAGUGGGCAAUCAAUGCCAUCUGAUUGCUCUAGAAACGAUGAACCAAAUCGUAACACCAAUCGUGCUUCUAAUUAUAAAGAAUCCCCAGAGAACACUUUGAAGGACAGAUAUGGAAGAAGCAACCUUCCCAUUUCCAUCAAGUACAAGAAAUUGGGAAAUGAGGAAGCAAUGAUUAGGCAACGAGAGCACCAUAGAAACGACAAGUUGAAGCACGAGGUGGGAAAGUACACGAGGGAACCUCCUCCCUUAGAGAAUGGUCCGAAACGGAUUAAAGUAAGGGGGCCAACUUAUGUAGGUUCAGAAAGCAGUCUGGAUUGAAAGUUUAUACUUACAAUAGAUGUGCAGAAAAACUGAUUGGAGUUCCGACUUCGCUAACUUCAUUCCCUCUAAUCUAAUGGAGUUCUAACAAUACCGAAACCCGAAAAUUGAUUGAUUUUCUUCAUCAGGGAGUAGCAGCAGGCGAAGAUUAUUAACCAAAGGUUAGGACAAAAUUUAUAUAUUCUUUGUGCAAAUUGCACGUGCAGUGGAAUUGAUGUGCGGUUCUCAGGCCGGGGGGUGUUUUUCCUGUCUUUGGUAGGAGAACCUUAGUGUAGAAAAUUUGGGUUAGUGACUUUGUUGGUAUAUUAUUUGCUUAUUUUAUACAUAUAUAUUCAUUGAAUGUAUAUGCCAACAUAACUUGUUCUGUGCUUUGUAGUUUAGGUUAAGAAACAAAGUCCUUUGAUUGGGUUGUAAUUUUUAGAUUUCCACUAGGUUAGGGAGAGAUUGAUUGGGUUGUAAUUGGGUCCAUAUUGAUAUCAAAUUUAUUUCAGUUCUUUUUUA